AUGUUGUCGGUGAGUUUGACAUUUUGGGUUGUAAGCAUUGUGAACGACCUCACAAAUGUCGAGAUUACCAAUAGUUGGGUGGCAAAAAACGAGUUAUGUUUCAAUGGUGUUAUUACGAAUGAAUGCGCUGAGGAUGUCACUGAUGGUUGGAAAAUGUAUUUAAAAUCGUCGCAACGUUUGUCCACAUUGACUUCGACUAAUGUUACGGUUCUCCAAACAGACGUAAAUUCGUCCUUCAUUUUCAAAAACCUCCCUUGGAACAGUCAGUGCUUGACGGGAGAAAUAAUUCGAGUAUCGUUUGCUGGAUGCACACCACAGAAAGAUAGCUUGCCUCAACUAACGAUUGAGUUCCACAGAAACGAAAAGCUGUGUCCAAAGAUAACUCCACCUAGAGAUCGUCAAUCAAUUGAAGUUCCAACCGUCUUGGUCCAUGACGAUGACUCGACCUUCCGAGCAUCUUUAAGUAUUAACCUUCCAGUAACAGUGCAGGGUGAUUGGGUUAUUUACCUAGCCGUAUCAACACAACUGUCUGAAGUGAAUGCCGGUGGUGUAUCAUGUUUACCGAAACGGGGUGAUAUAUUUACUCUUACAAAUUUGCAUUGGCAGGAAAUGUUUAUGGCUGGCGUGACACAUAGUCUGGAAAUUGAUGGGAAGAAGGCAACACAUGGAAUUAAAACGCCCUGCAUUACAGCCAUGUUUACAUGGGAGAAAGACAUGGUGGUAUAUCCUUCAACGAUGCCACCAUUAGCCCCUUCUGCAAACCAGACAAUAUCACAUACAGUGCAGCAAACGUUUACACCAACCUCAUCACAAUUACAAUUUCCAUCACCAUCCCUAUCAGAAAUACGAAUCGCAUCCUCUUCUGCAGCUAUAAGUACUACAGUUACCGAACGACUUCAAAGUGUAACAUCUCUUCAGACAACAUAUUCAAAAGUAUAUCAGACAAGUUCUGUAAAUAUACAAAGUUCACCAACAAUUCAGGUGCAACCAUCAAGCACAACCACAACAGAAGUUGGUGAAACCAUCCUACCACACGAAUGCGGUGAUGUGACCCUUCCAUCAGGUUAUUACAACUUAGAAACGUCGGUGGUUGUAGAAAAAGAGUGGCCACAAGGAUUUUCUGGGAAAAUAACGUUUACAACAACAACCCAAAUUCGUGACGGUUGGCUGGUUGAGUUGGUAAUGGAUAAGGCUAUAUCUUUAUUGAAUGUCUAUACUGUGACAGCGACAGCGAGUAGCGGCACGAGGUUUACAUUACAUAAUAAAGACUACAACAAGAAGAUUGAGGAAGGGACUGUCUUCGCUAUUGAAUUUGACGCAAUUAAAGAGACCGAAAAUGAGAAUGUACCUUGCAUGAGAGCUGUGUUCAUGUGGGCUACAGAGGAACCUUGUCCGAAGAUAGAUUUUGUCAGUGGAAGUAAUUCCAUCAAUGUUUCUGUAAGUAUCACAAGUCAAUGGAGUAAAGGCGUAGCAGGAACAAUAACUGUAGUGGUACCAGAAGAGAUACGAAAUGGCUGGCAGAUAGAAGUUGUGUUUGAUAUUCCUCUUGCAUUGACGGUAUAUAUUGCAAUAAGUACUCCUUCAACAGGCACCCACUUCACUUUGACGAACGAAAGUUACAAUAAAGAACUACAAACUGGAUACAAUUUGGUUGUUGACUUCACUGCUACAAAGCAAGAGAAUGAUGCAACUGUACUCUGUGCUGAUGCAGUAUUUCACUGGUAA